AUGGAUGCGCACGUCGCUUUCUCGGGCUUCCCGGCCCUGCCCUCGGUCUCGCCGUCGGGGCCACAGCCGUCGCCGCUAGCGGGAGCCGAGCCGGGGCGCGAGCCCGAGGAGGUAGCAGGCGGCGGGGACGCGGAGCCCACCGCGACUCCGGGCCCGGGGAGGCGGCGCCGGCGGCCGCUACAGCGCGGGAAGCCGCCCUACUCGUACAUCGCUCUCAUCGCCAUGGCCCUGGCGCACGCUCCGGGACGCCGCCUCACGCUGGCCGCCAUCUACCGCUUCAUCACCGAGCGCUUCGCCUUCUACCGCGACAGCCCGCGCAAGUGGCAGAACAGCAUCCGCCACAACCUCACCCUCAACGACUGCUUCGUCAAGGUGCCGCGCGAGCCGGGCAACCCGGGCAAAGGCAACUACUGGACGCUCGACCCCGCGGCCGCUGAUAUGUUCGACAACGGCAGUUUCCUGCGGCGCCGCAAGCGCUUCAAGCGCGCAGAGCUGCCUGCGCCCCAGCCGCCGCCGCCGCCUUUCCCCUACGCGCCCUUCCCUCCCGCGCCCGCGCCGCCCGCGCGUCUCUUUCGCUUAGACAGCCUGCUGGGUUUGCAGCCUGAGCCUCCAGGGCCCGGGGCACCGGAGCCUCCCUGCUGCGCCGAGCCCGACGCCACCUUCCCGCCCUGCGCUGCCGCCACCUCGCCGCCGCUCUACUCGCCGGCUCCCGAGCGCCUGGGGCUGCCCCCGCCGCUGCCCGCCGAGCCUCUCUUGGCUUUGGCGGGACCGGUCGGCGCGCUCGGGCCGCUUAGCCCCGGGGAUGCCUACCUGAGACAGCCUGGCUUCCCGCCCGGGCUGGAGCGCUACAUGUGA